AUGAAGAAGAUAAAAAACCCAGCAGCCAACGUGUUGAGGGAGACGUGGCUCAUCUACAAAAACACUAAGCUGGUGAAGAAGAUCGAUCACGCCAGAGUAUGCCACCAUCAGCGUAAAUUCCUGCAAGCCAUCCACCAACUGCGAAGAGUCAAAAUGGAGCAAAGGAAAUUAACUGACCAGGCCAACAGAGUCGCUGACCUUGCCAAGACUCAGAACAUGAUGUAUGAUCUGGUGUCGGAGCUGCAGCAUCGGAGCGAGGAGCUGGACGGGAGGAUCGUAGCUCUGGAGGCGAAACUCGACUCCAUCCUCCUCAGCGUGCAGUCGCUGCCGAUCGUGCUUUCACAAGCAAUAACAAAGCUCCAGAGGGACUUCCUGGACAACUUGGCUUGUCGUGUCCACUUCCUGUCGUCCUCCCUGAGCUCUGAGUGCUGUACCGUCCCUGCCAGGCAGCUCUGUCCGGGAUCCACCACUCCAGAGACACCGUACAACCAGUAG